AGGCGGUGGCCGAACUGGUAGCGUACUGGGCCCACAUUCACCGCGUGAUGGACGACGCGGGUUCGAAUCCCCACGCUACCACUCGGAUUUUUCAGUCACCGCCGAGUGGCUUAAAACUACCCACAUGAUGUCCUGAAGACCACCCAGCAACCCGGACGAAUCAAGAACGAGUUCCGGGGGGCAGCAUGAGCCAAUGCAAGAUGGCGCCACUAUAAACACUCGCCUGCGCCAGAACGGGCUGGGCCGACCAUCAGGCCCCACCUGGAAGAAGCCUUGGGCCGACCAUCAGGCCCCACCUGGAAGAAGCCUUGGGCCGACCAUCAGGCCCCACCAGGAAGAUGCCUACCGGCGCAACAGGCAUCGACGUAAAAAAAAAAAAAAAAAAAUGGCUUUGUAAAGUGCUGUGUUAAUCCUCGCGUCCUGGGCUGGCGAUCCUCGACUUGCCACACACCCAAAAGGAGAUCGGAAGUGAAUCUAACUUGGCGUAGUUCCUCUGCCUCAACCCUUUUUUGGUGAUGCGUUUAUGUGUGUGUGCCGGGGGUACGGUGGGUGGCGUGGAGGUGUGGCGUAAGGCAGCCAAAGAAGGGACAGGCUGCGGGUCGCGUCAGAUUAGGUAACGCCGCGCGAACACAAACUUUUAGUAUUGGGGUGGUCACUGGCAGGUGCGGCCACGCCGUGCCUCCGCCCCACUCACCUCACCACACCCACGGCUAAAGCAAACACACUCUCGCCUAUUAAUACUAAAGAAAAACAACUCUAGAGAGAUACUACAUAUAAAAGUGGUCAUUGACGCGGAAUAUACUUGUUCAUACCGUCCCUGUUCUCGCUUGUUACCUAUUCUGUGAGCUAUUGUGAAGACUGUUUCCUUGACCAUCAGGACCUAACCUCUCUCACCUACAAUAGAGGAAAAAAGUGACAGCCUCCACGGUGUUGUUUUCGUCAUGGCUAAUUCCACUUGCUGCCACAGUGACGUGGAGUCCUGCAACACUCGGCUCGAGUUCUACAGUUUGUUUCUGCCGGUGAUCAUCGCCUUCACGGUGGUGACGAGCAUGGUGAGCUGCCUGGUGACGUGCUGCGCCCCCUGGGUCAAGAGGCCCCUGUCCCCCUCCGUCAGGCUCUCGCUCUCACUCUCCGCCGCCAACACCUUCUUCGCCCUCAUCUGGACGCUGUACUUGGUUAACUUCUACCUGAGGACAAUGCUGUGCGUGCCGGUGCCUGGCUGCCUCUCACUGACCAUCGAGGUGCUGAGGCUCGGCAGCAUCGUGGUACAGGUGCUGCAUCUCCUGGCGGUGGCACUGAGUCACUACCUGGGCUCGCUACGGCCAUUCCACUACUACACCACCGCCACUCCCGCCGCCCUCAGACUCACGCUGGCCGUCGUUUGGAUGGUGCCCAUUGUUGGCGUGGCCGUGGUGUUCGCCAGCGUGCCGGGGCAUGGCUACCAGUCUCACCAGUGCAGCAACAAUGCCUUCUACGAGCGGGAAGUGACGUUUCGCCUGGUGUGGUUCUGUGUGUUCUUCGGGCCCACCCUCGUCAUCGUGCUCGUGUACUGCCACAUCUUCUAUCUCUUGAGGCAACGCACCGUCUACCUGCAGGAUACGCACCUGGGAGGCAUUCAGCAGUUCAACGUCAAGAUGGUCCGCCUGUCCGCCAUGUUCGUGGUGACCUUCCUCCUGGGCUGGGGUCCCGCCGUGGUCAAGUUCGUGCUGGUAUGUGACGAGUGCCUCAUCCCGGACCUCGAAAUCACCACCAGCAUGUACCUCGGGGCCGCCUUCAACUUCCUCUACACACUCAAGGUAUUCACAGACACCUUCAUCUACGCCGUGCGGUUGCCUGCUGUGCGUAAGGCUCUGGGGGCCAUGUGGAUGGACCUAUGUGGCUGCGGGCGGUCCUCCAGGCACAGAGUAAUCUUUGAACACCGCUCCACCACGUCCCACAGAACCAUCUCCUUCAGUCUCUCUACCUACACCACCUCGAGUUUCCAAAGGCUGAUGGAUGGCGUCCGGGCGUCCAUGCAGGGUCACAACAGGGUCAAAGGGUCGCAUCCGGUUCGAACACAGGAUGAGACAGAAACUGAGACGCAGUUGCCGCACGCCGCCACCAGUCGACUGUCAGUAUCCAAAGUCGCCACCGCCUCCGCCGCCCACCCCGCUCUCACUCGUGCAGGUCACCCCUCCCUCACUCUUUGAAGCCCCCGCCCACGUCACCCACUCCUCUAUCAGAUCCGGGAGUCAAGGCCAUGUCACCCAGUCUGAUGUAAUUAUUUAGUGAUUUGUUAACAUAAAUUUAUGUUAUGUUUCUCUUCAGCUGUAUAUUUAUGUAUGUAGUAUGUAUUUAUCUUUUGAUUUAAACGUAGACAAAACAGAUUGUAUUUUCAUAUUUCUCUUCUUUCUUUCCUUCUUUACCCACUUCCUUCAUUUUUAUCCAUCUUUCCUUGUUUUCCUUCCAUGCUUUCCUUCUUUAUUUCCUUCAUAUUUAUCCCUCUAUCUGUCUAUCUAUCAGUUGACGUCUCUCUAUGUAUCUAUCUGUCUUUGUAUCUGUUUCUCUAUUUAUCGAUCUUUCUAUCCCUUUCUUUCUUUUUCAUUUCCAUCCCUCCCUUCCUUUCUUUCUUUCCAUUCCUCCCUUCCUUUCUUUCUUUCCAUCCCUUCCUUUCUCU